UGAACGGCCCAUCCCUGCAAUACUCAGAGGGAGCUUACAUUGCACUUUUGAUCAGCCAGUUAGUAAUGUACAGUGGAUAGAGCCUUUCUUUCAAAUCCCAGGGCAGUGGGUCCUUCAAGGCUAGCAUUGCAUUUUCAAUUAGCUGCUGAGUGAAUGCUUGGCAUGUGUAUUAGUGAAGAGGCACACAAUUAGCUUAUUGUUCCUUUCCGUAUUGUGCUGAGAGGAUCCAAGGGAUUGGUGGGGGAACAGGCAAGCCAGGCAUCACUGUGGAUGUGGAAGAAGGGAGUUACUCAAGCCUCGGCAUCUUCACUCGCUCACUCUGGAAUUACAGCUAUUUAUUACGAAGCACUCUGAGUGGCUUGGUGGAGUGCGCCUGAGGAAACAUCCCAGACAUCACUUGGGGUUGUCUUUCUGAGCUCUUCUUGACUCUAAUUCUCAUCAUUAUCAUGGAGCCCAACAGCCCCAAAAAGAUACAAUUUGCUGUGCCUUUAUUCCAGAGUCAGAUUGCACCUGAAGCAGCAGAGCAGAUCAGGAAAAGAAGACCCACACCAGCAUCACUUGUGAUUCUCAAUGAACAUAAUCCCCCAGAAAUAGAUGACAAGAGGGUGACCAACACACAGGGGGAAUCACAGAACGCAUCCCCUAAGCAAAGGAAGCAGAGUGUGUACACACCACCCGCCAUGAAAGGGGUUAAGCAUCUGAAAGGCCAGAAUGAAUCAGCAUUCCCUGAAGAAGAGGAAGAUGUAAAAGAAAGAGAGGAGCAAUGGGACCAUUAAUUACAUAUCUGCAGCAAGAAAGUUUCUUGGAAAUAACAGAACUGGUAACUUUUCUGAAUAUCCCGUGGAACUCCACUCCAGAAGUAUUCUCCAUAUUUGCACUCCACUCAUACAGUAGUAACACACCUUCUGGGAAGCCCUCCUUGACUGAACUUUAGAACUAAGUACAAAUUCUUCCAUAUUACUUAUAAUUAAAGAAUAAGCCUUUAUUUUACAGUGACUUUUCUUUUUCACUGAUUAGAAAUUUCCAAACAUGUGUGUUCUAACUUUAAAACUGCCACAGCUUAACCCUUGAUAUCCUAAUGAUAUGGUUUGCCUUCUAAGGCCAAAUGUAAAUAGCAUCACUUUAAGAGUAAAAAAUAAAUAUUAAAUACAUUUAGACAUGAGUGUGUGUCUGGGUUUAACUGAAAGAGAAAUAUUUAAUGAAAAGUGGAUUUUAAAGUUAAGAUCAGCAUUUAUCAUGUUUCUGUAUACAAGAACGGUAUGCAGUAUGGAUUCCAAAAUGAUGAAGAAAUACCAGAUUUGUUGG